ACCAUCAUGGCGGCGGCCAGAGGCCUUCCCGACUCCCGGAAGCAAGCUGUGAGGGGCGGGCGCGUUGUUGGAACCCGAGCCGGAGCCGGAGCGGGGAGGGCGGCCGGGCGGCCUGGAGCCGGACGUGUCCGGAGCGUCCCCGCAGACCGGGGCAGCAGGUCGUCCGGGAGCCCACCAUGCUGGUGACUGCCUACCUUGCUUUUGUCGUCCUCCUGGCCUCCUGCCUGGGGUUGGAGCUGUCAAGAUGCCGGGCAAAACCCCCUGGAAGGGCCUGCAGCAAUCCCUCCUUCCUUCGGUUUCAACUGGAUUUCUAUCACGUCUACUUCCUGGCCCUGGCAGCUGACUGGCUCCAGGCCCCCUACCUCUAUAAACUCUAUCAGCAUUACCACUUCCUGGAAGGUCAAAUUGCCAUCCUCUAUGUCUGUGGCCUUGCCGCCACAGUUCUCUUUGGCCUAGUGGCCUCCUCCCUCGUGGAUCGGCUAGGUCGCAAGAAGUCUUGUGUCCUCUUCUCCCUCACUUACUCUCUCUGCUGCUUAACCAAACUCUCUCGGGACUACUUUGUGCUGCUGGUGGGCCGAGCCCUUGGUGGGCUGUCCACAGCCCUGCUCUUCUCAGCUUUCGAGGCCUGGUACAUCCAUGAGCACAUGGAGCGGCAUGACUUCCCUGCUGAGUGGAUCCCAGCUACCUUUGCCCGAGCUGCCUUCUGGAACCAUGUGCUGGCUGUAAUGGCAGGUGUGGCAACUGAGGCUGUGGCUAGCUGGAUGGGGCUGGGGCCUGUAGCACCCUUUGUGGCUGCCAUCCCUCUCCUGGCUCUGGCUGGGGCCUUGGCCCUUCGCAACUGGGGAGAGAACUAUGACCGACAGCGUGCCUUCUCAAGGACCUGUGCUGGAGGCCUGCGCUGCCUCCUGUCAGACCGCCGUGUGUUGCUGCUGGGCACCAUACAAGCACUGUUUGAGAGUGUUGUCUUCAUCUUUGUCUUCCUCUGGACGCCCGUGCUGGACCCACAUGGGGCCCCGCUGGGCAUUGUCUUCUCCAGCUUCAUGGCAGCCAGCCUACUUGGCUCUUCCCUGUACCGCAUCGCCACCUCCAAGAGGUACCACCUUCAGCCCAUGCACCUGCUCUCCCUUGCUGUCCUCAUCGUUGUCUUCUCUCUCUUCAUGUUGACUUUCUCCACCAGCCCAGGCCAGGAGAGUCCAGUAGAAUCCUUCAUAGCCUUUCUACUUAUUGAGUUGGCCUGUGGGCUAUACUUUCCCAGCAUGAGCUUCCUGAGGAGAAAAGUGAUCCCUGAGACAGAACAGGCUGGUGUACUCAACUGGUUCCGGGUACCCCUGCACUUACUGGCCUGCCUAGGGCUCCUUGUCCUCCAUGACAGUGAUCGAAAAACAGGCACUCGGAACAUGUUCAGCAUCUGCUCUGCUGUCAUGGUAAUGGCUCUGCUGGCAGUGGUGGGACUCUUCACCGUAGUAAGGCAUGAUGCUGAGCUGCGGGUGCCCUCAGCUACUGGGGAGCCCUGUGUCCCUGAGCUCUAACCCUGUUCCAGGACAAGUGGUCUGGGAUGGACUCUUGAAACCCACCUCUCCAGGGUUGUACAGAUCUCUCUGUGACUGACUUUGUGGCUCUUUCUCCUGCAGCCCCUCCUGCCAGUGCUUUGUGUUGGGGAGAAUAUGGGGGUGAUGGACUGCAAAGAAGAUGCCAAAAGUUGCCUCUGUGUUACAUCUUUCCCCUUCCCAUUUAAAA